AGUUGGUGGGAAACAGUGCGGUCAUUAUUAUUAUGUGAAUCUCCGGGCGGGGCGGUGAUUGGGACAUGAAUAAUGUAUUGCAGUGGGAGGGGACGGUUUCGGCAGAAUGUAGUCAGUUGCGUGCGUCACGUUGAGAACUGAAGACAGAGGACAAGGUCUGGAUGGCUGUGUUUACUGUCACUGGAGGACGUUUUCAUGCACCGAACACCAGGCCUCCUUUUCCAUCCACUGAUUCUCUCCUGUCCUCCUCCAUCAGGACAAGGCAUGGCUGGGAAGCCUUUCCGGGCCACUUAUAUCUGGAGCAGCAUCAUCUCCAAUCUCCACACUCAUGUGGAGGUCAAGCGCCGGCGCCACAACCUCAAGUCCUACCAUGACUGCUUCCUGGGCGCAGAGGCAGUGGAUGUGGUGUUGGCACACAUCACCCUCAACCGUUUCUUUGGUGAUGAGGCAGUGCCUCGCUACAAGGCAGUCCGUCUUUGCCAGGCCCUGAUGGACUCGAGGGUGUUUGAGCCCGUGGGCAUUAAAGUAUUUGGGAAGGAAAAGAAGAGGGCAACGUUUGAGGACAGUAGUUGCAGUUUGUACAGGUUCCUGAGCCCGGCGACCAGCUCCUCAUCAUCGCUGACCAACGCCAACUCUCACUCCACUAGUACCAUCGAGAGUGGCUAUGACUCACCGAGCAUGAACAGGAACAAGAACAGCUAUAGUCCGUCACGUGAAAGUCAAGAGGUGCUGGGCUACUCCACCCACUCCCCUGUAACAACAGACAAAACAAUGGAGGACGUGCUGGGAAACCUCAACCUGGGCUCGACCAUCACCCCUCAGAUGAUCAACCUCGGCCUCUCACAAGAGCGUGUGGAUGAGGUGUGGCACCAGCAGGCAGUGUUCAGGCUGUUGCAGCUGAUAGAGCUCCCCCUACUGGAGAACUUAUUAGAGGGCAAGGACGCAUCUCGGGCUCCCCUGCAUGGCACAGACAGUGACCCAGACCUGUUGUACACAUCCAGCUACCUAGACCGAGAGGUCCUCAAGGCCUUCAGCGAAGCCCAGGCUGAUGAGUGGAUGUCAGGGGCAGUUGACUGUCUGGAGUUUCUGCCUGAUGAACUAGUGGUUGAGGUCAGUCGAGGUUUGGCUGCUUGUGCAAACGACGUGGUUCAGUGUAAGAGGCUGCUCUAUGAGGUCCUGGCUCAGCAUUACGGACACACACAACAGGCACCACUGCUCAGCAACCACGUCUUCGACAUUCACUCUGGCAUCUCGGAAUUACUCGUGAACGGCAAGCAGGAGCAAGCUCUGGAGGCUCUGCAGCUGAGCCUGAAGCUGCAGGACUCUCGCAGCAGGGAGGAGCUACGCAGACUGCUGAGAUUCAUGGCCACUGCAGCCAAACCACAGGAGGUCAAACUGCACAAAGAGAUUGAGAACAGAAUGGCGGUGAAGAGGUCUUUCUCAAGUGCCAUCGUCUACAGCAGAAGACUCUCCAAAGGAAAGGUGGACUUGAUGGUUCUGUUCAUGAUGGAUAACCACUGUGAUCUUUUCAAAAUUCCUGUUUCCUUGCACAAGAUGGUCAGUGACAGAAUAGUGAACAUUGUGAAAGGGAAGGAUCCAGAUAUGAUAACAGGGUCGACAUACUGCACAAGACUGAGUGCUAAGGCCUAUUCAGAAAAUGCACAGAAAACCACCAAAGAAGAACUUUGGUCCUUACUCCGGACAGUCCACGAGGACCCGAAACUCUGCGCCAGAGAAAAGAGACGGCUGCUGGGACAGUUUUAUAAAGGCCAUCCAGAGAUUUUUGUUCAGUACUUUGGAAAUAGAUUGUCCAGUAUCAACAUGUUGCUACAGUAAUAUUUAUUAGAUGUUAAAAAAGAAAUCAUGUAUCAUAAUGUAAAAAGACAUAGAUGUAAGAAAAAAAUCUGAUACGAUGAUGUGCGGUAUAGUAAGUGGAUUUUCUUUGCUUGUAUGUAAAUUGUUUAAACUACUGAAAAAGAAUGUGAAUUUUAAUUGUAGAGACUCUUAAUAAGCUGCGAUAUUUAAGGACAUAUUUACUUUUUAAAUGUCUUAAAUUUAAAAAAAAAUCUUUUCUUUGGUGCAGGACACUAACAUGAAAUGACUGCCAGUUAUAUGUGAGACUGUUACUUUCCCAGAACGACAAAGAGAACCAUGUGUUCCUGAAAGCUUUUUUUUUGUUUGUUUUGUUUUCACACUGCAAUGCGUCUUGAUGACGUUCUGUGUCUGCAAGCCAGUAAGGACAAGUCUGCAUGUCACUUUUCAAUGGAUGUAUUCUCUGUGCUUGUGCAAUAGGAACAAUGUUAGAAUAUGAAAAUGUGUCUGUUCAUGUGGUUUCUCAUAUACAGUGCGAUGCACAGACUGAGGAACCAUCAAACGGAAAUUUGAACCUGGAAAUCUGAAAGUCUAAUGAUGUGCUGUAGUAAACAGUCAGAGGCAUUCAUGAGAAUCAGCCCUCUAGGGGUUUGUGUUUGUUGCUACAAAUCAGCAAAACAGAUGUUUGUUAUUUAUUUAUUUUUGACUGAAAACCUUAACCAUAGCUGCGUUUUAGCUGCAUUUUCAAGGUUCUGUUUGAAAUAAGGUUUUGUGCCCCUCUCUAAUCACCUGAGGAAAUCGCUUCCGCAUCUCCAGGUGACAGAAGCAUUCCAGGACUAACUUUAAGCCACACACAUUUUGCCAGGUCUUGAUAAAAUUCAGCUGAAAUUCAUUCAAACAUGUAGGUUACCCCUUUUUUCAUUGGAGACACAAAAUGUGUAUGUGCUGAUAAAAAGAAAAGAAAUUCCAUCUGGAUUGUCCAGAAAUGUGUCUAUCAAACACAAAUAUUAUUCAAUAUUGUGUUCAUUUUGAGACAGAGCUUUAUGGCCCAAUCCUACUUAAACACAAGACAAGCAAAUAAAUCAAAUACAGUUGCAAAUACAGUCACCUCCAUAUGUGUUACUGAGAGUGGUCUUUAGGUUCUCUGUCAACUAAUGAAGCUGUAAAAAUUGAUAUCCAUACACACACUGUGUAUCUCUAAAAUAAAGACAUAGUUUUGGAAAUAAUGUUUGAGUUCAAUGUUCAUGAAAGCCCCUUUCCUUUUCUCAUAUUCUGUCAUUGUUUACAUUAAGAAGUUCCAGCCAAAACACACACGCUUUCAUCUCAACAUCUCAAGAGUCCAGAGUUUGAAAUGCAAACAGUAGCUUAUCAAUUGUAAUGAAAAAAUGACAGGUACUUUCCUUUCGAGACCUUUUGUUCAGGUAGUUUUGUUGAUACUAGAGAGCAAAACUAGAACGAGAAACCAGAAAGAACCAUGCAAUUACUUUCUUUGACAGGUCCUCUUGGUGGGGAGCUCUACUAAAACACUUUAAAGGAAACAAAUGAUUCUCUCACGUUUAUCAUUCAGAAACUAUUGAAUACAAACACCCACAAAAGUAAAGACGUUGUCAUAGAUAUAUGCUUUUGUUUUUUACAGUCAGUUUUAGUUUCUAAGAGCAAUAGGCAGAGACUUCUAAAAUAAUGCAAAUUUCAAAAUAGAAUUCAGACUUCAUUAUGUGGCAGUAGACUAAUGUUCUGUGGAAACUGUUUCAUGUCACAGUGUUACCUGUGAAUAGACUCAGAGGUGAGAUAGGCUGCCUCAUGCUCAGAACAAAGGCUGUGCUGGGCAGACAAAUAAUGGUGCAAUCAGUACAAUGUGAAAACCAGCAGCUGGCAAAUAUUAAAAAAACAUUCUUUACGUAAGUUGUAUGUUUUUAUAUGAAGUAGAGUUUAAGAACUGCCUGGAUUGGAGAGCUAAUUCUGAGGGUUUUUUUUUUUUUUUUUUUACACAGCUACAAUAAACAUAUAUUUUUUUGUUUGUUUAUUUUACAUUUUGCAGCAGCACACAUUCUUUGCUCAACUACAGACCAUUUUCAAAAUGAUCUUCUUCUGAUAAUAAGUGGAUAAUGCUAAACCUGAGAUUCUGUUAUCCUCCAUAGAGAGAAUCAGAUUAUUUCAACCGAUGAUUGAACCUUUCAGACCAACAACUAAGCG